CAAGAGGGAAAGAGGGACAUCUAGCUCACUUCCCCUCCACAGACCCAAAUCAUGAAUUAUCCAAAACCACCAUCACCACCUCGCUAUUUGCCAUAUCACCACCUCCUCUCAUUAGCCCAAAUCCUCCCUUCUUAAACCACCGGCAAACGCCAUCCAACCAUGCUAUUAAACUUCUCUUCUUCUCUUUUAUCUCCUUCCUCUUCUUUUCUUAGAUUUUCCAGCGCUAAAUCACCCAUUAUAGAUUCUUCUUCUUCUUAUUUAAGACCAAAAAACCAAUUAUCUGACUCUCCUUUAUCACACCUCCGUCUGUAUUGCAAGAAUCAACUUUUCAGUAAAUUCGCACUUGGUGGCAAAAGGCUUGAUUUCAGGUCAUGGGCUGUUUCUGGAUUUGAUUUUGGUAGCUUUGAAUCUGUUUUAGAGGCAGCUGGAAUUUUAACAGCUAUAAUUAUUGUCCAUGAGAGCGGUCACUUCCUUGCUGCUUAUCUACAGGGUAUCCAUGUAAGUAAAUUUGCUGUUGGGUUUGGUCCAAUUUUAGCUAAGUUCAAUGCAAAAAAUGUAGAGUACUCUGUUAGAGCAUUUCCUUUGGGAGGGUUUGUGGCUUUUCCUGAUAAUGAUCCUGAGAGUGAUAUUUCAGCAGACGAUGAGAAUUUGCUCAAGAAUAGGCCAAUAUUGGAUAGGGUGAUAGUAAUAUCAGCUGGUGUCAUUGCAAAUAUUAUAUUUGCAUACGUCAUAAUCUUUGUUCAAGUAUUAUCUGUUGGUUUACCAGUGCAAGAGGCCUUUCCUGGUGUGCUUGUGCCUGAGGUACGAGUCUAUUCGGCAGCUUCCCGAGAUGGGUUGCUUCCUGGAGAUGUAAUUCUUGCUAUUAAUGGUACUGAAUUGCCCAAAACGGGGCCAAAUGCAAUCUCUGAGGUUGUUGAUGUCAUUAAGAGAAAUCCCAAAAGAAAUGUGUUGCUUAAGGUAGGGAGGGGAGUGCAGGAUUUUGAAAUUGGGGUAACCCCAGAUGAGAAUUUUGAUGGAACUGGUAAAAUUGGAGUUCAAUUAUCACCAAAUGUAAAGAUUACAAAGGUUAUAGCAAAGAAUGUGUUGGAGGCAUUUAAUUUUGCUGGUGAAGAAUUUUGGGGUCUGUCAUCAAACGUUUUGGAUAGCUUAAAACAAACUUUUUUAAACUUUUCACAAUCAGCUAGUAAGGUUUCUGGUCCAGUUGCUAUUAUUGCUGUUGGGGCAGAAGUUGCAAGGUCAAACAUUGAUGGACUUUACCAAUUUGCCGCUGUGCUCAAUAUUAACCUUGCAUUGAUAAAUCUUUUGCCUUUGCCUGCUUUAGAUGGAGGCUCUUUAGCAUUGAUUCUCAUAGAGGCAGCCAGGGGUGGGAGAAAGCUUCCUUUAGAAAUAGAGCAGCGAAUUAUGUCAUCAGGGAUCAUGCUUGUUAUAUUGCUUGGGUUGUUCCUUAUCGUUCGGGAUACGCUAAACCUUGACUUCAUUAAAGAUAUGUUGUGAUUACUUGCAAGGGUGUUGAAGUUCAAAAAUGUGUACACUGAUAUGAAGCCAUUUUCUCAGCUGCUUGGUUUCUGAUGAUGCCUGGCAAUGGUGAUGCUCAACAUGUUUGGUUCUUUUCUCCCUCCGAAUGAGUUAUAGAGGAGGUACUUAUGGCUUCUUGUUCGCAAUUGGUUGCGUCUUCUGUGAAUCACUUUUAUAAUCCUUUUAGUUAUAAUUUCUUAAAUGAUAAUGACAAUCUUAAAUUGGGUUGUAAAAUUCCAAUGCUCGAAAUCUAUGAAGAUAUCUAUAACAGUUACAUUCUUUUGAAA